AUGGUACAAAACAACGAUACAUCAGAGGAGGAUAACACGGUAUCGUCAGCCAGCCUGUGCAUGUCACCGACGUCGGUGUGCGACCAGAGCAGCGCGGGACCCCCGAUCUGCGCGUCCACGCCCCUCGUCGCCAAGAUGACGAACGGACACGACACCCUCGAUAAUAAGACCAACGGAGAUAAUAAUAAUGAUACGCUCAAUGGGAAUGUUAGUGUAACUAUAGUUUCGGAGUCAGUGAACAGUAUGGACGUCCUGAGCGGCGGCGAGAGCGAUGCCGGGGACACGCUCUCGAGGCGAAAUAAUAAUAGUAUAUCGUCCGGUCUGCUGGGCACGCUGCGCGAGGUCUCCGACGCUCCUCGGAAGCGGAACAUGGAUAUCACGUACUUUGUGGCGAAGGAGCUGCUGAUGACGGAGCGCACCUACAAGCGAGACCUGGAGCUUGUCACAGUGAAAUGGAGCAGCAGUGUGUCGGAGCUGGCGCAGGGCGGCGCGGAGGCGGGCGCGGCGCUCGCGCGCGCCUGCCUCGCGCUCGAGCCGCUGGCGCUGCGCAACGGGAAGCUGCUGGCCAGGCUCGACCGCCUGCUCGCCAACACCAACACUAACAGGAGCGACGGCAAUGAUACUGAAGAACCUGAGUACAAGAAAAUCGCGGAUGUUCUGUACGAACAUUUAUCGAGUACAAUUGAUGCGUACAGCUGGUACUGCACGCGCGCGGGCUCGCUGGUGGGCGUGGUGGAGAGCGUGCGGCGGCGCGGGCUGGCGGCGGGGCGCGCGGCCGCCCGCUUCGACGCGCGCGCGCCGCUGCCGCUCGCCGCGCUGCUGCUGCGCCCGCUGCAUCGGCGGCGGGGGCGGCCCGCUGGGGGCGUGGUGGAGAGCGUGCGGCGGCGCGGGCUGGCGGCGGGGCGCGCGGCCGCCCGCUUCGACGCGCGCGCGCCGCUGCCGCUCGCCGCGCUGCUGCUGCGCCCGCUGCAUCGCGCGCUGCAUCUGGAGAGGCUCGCCACGGAGCUCUUCAACGCGACGGAGAGCGAAUCGGCAGCCGCGGCGCUGGAGCUCGCCAGCAAAGUCGCCGCGGAAGCGCGCGAACAACUGCAGCAUGGGGAGAACCACGCCGCUCUGUGUCAACUGCAGAGAGAUAUCACUGGUUAUGAUAAGAUACUGGUUGCUGAGAGGGAGUUCAUAAGGAUGGGAUGUGUAUACAAACAUUCAUCGAGAGGACUCCAACAAAGGAUGUUGUUCUUGUUUAGUGACGUGUUAGUUAUUACGUCGAAGUCUGGGACAACGCAGUUCCGCGCUCACUCGGCGUUGCCGCUUCACGCGCUACAGCUCAAGACCUCCGAGCUGCCACACUCGUUUACAUUGACUGGUGAAGACAUCAACCUACUAAUGAGCGCGCCGAACGACGUGGAAUACUUGGGAUGGUAUAACGCGCUACAGAACACGAUAGAGAACGCUCGAGACAAGUACACCGAUGUCGACACCGAACUGACGCCAUAUGAAGCCGAGACCGCGCCCGCUCCGGAGGCCCCGCAGUCGGGCGGCGGGCUGGCGCACGUGUGCUGGCACCGCGUGACCUCGCUCGACACGCAGCAUCUGCAUCUGGCCAUGCGGACGCAGCUAUCUGGCUAUCUAUUACGGAAGUUCAAGAAGUCUCCGGGCUGGCAGAAGCUGUGGGUUGUGUUCGCGGUGUCCACGCUGUUCUUCUACAAGAGCUGGCAGGAUGAGACACCGCUAGCUUCCCUGCCUCUACUAGGGUACAGUGUGGGCGCGCCGACGUCAGAAGACGGCAUCGACAAGGACUUCGUGUUCAAGCUGCAGUUCAAGAACCACGUGUACUUCUUCAGAGCGGACAGCUACUACACUUUCAACAGGUGGACGGAAGUGUUACAAACAGCGACCAUGCAGCCCGAACACCAUUGAUAACAAAAUCAGUUAAUAGUUAAUUAUACCCAUAAAUUGAGUGAAAUCUAUUUGGAAUGGUGCCAUAGCAUUGUGCCCCAUAUAUAUUUUUGUAAUGAUUUACAAAUACGAUGUGAGUCUUGCCUGUAUUUAUUGUGUGAGAAGAAUAUCGCUAUGUUAGAGAAAGACUGAACGAAUGUUAUUCUAAAUUGUAUAAAUAUCGAGAGGAAAAAACAGAUUGAAUCUUUAAAUGUGUAUAAUCAAGAUUUCAUCUGGUAUUGUCAUAAUAUCGAGUGUCAGAUGUGGACACAAACAUUGUUUAAUACUCCGCUUCUGCGGAUUGUAUAUUUAGCAUUUUACAUAUAAAUGUUUAUUCUUUGAAGUAUAUUCGGUAUGUAAAAAAGCGAUCAAAAUUCAAAAUCAUCAAGAAAGUUUCCGACUAUUAAGGCUUAUUGUUGAACUAUCAAAAGGUUAAACGUUAUUUGCAUGUCUAAGUAAAUAAUAAUUAGAUACCAACGAAACAAAUAACAACACCGCAAUUUACCACAUUUUGUGCUAAAACAAUCCCACGACUGUGCCUUUCUCACAAAUGUAUAUAUUCACUGAGACCCUAUUUUAAUAUAAUAUAUUGAUAUUUAUGUAAGUUGUGAUACAUUUUAUGAGUUAUAAGUGUCACACAUUAGUAACUAAGUGUUGUGAACAGGUAUCCUUUACGAAAGGGAUCGCUUGAUAUUCAUAGAUAUUACAGUACAGUAUAAUUAUAUACUCAAUGUCGUAUAGGAGACGAAUUAUAUCACGAGACGGUUUCAUAAAAGACAUGUAAUUCUAUGUUAUUUUCAACACCAGCCUUACUUAUUUCCAUUAGUCCUAUAAUCGAUAAGGACCGACAUUGACAGACAUUUUAAUGGCUCCAUCUUUAUACCCCGGCCAAAAUAUAGUUGAUUAUUAACAGUACAGUGUAGUCAUAAGCAAAAGCAAUGUUUUAUUUUAAUUUAUUAUACAAAUUAUAGGCUUAUAGGCCGUACAAGGCAUAGUAGACCCAACAAGCUUAGAUAAAGAUUGCGAAUGAAGAUUUUAAUACAUUAUUAUUAUUCAAUAAAAUCAUUUCCAAAAUGUUUGUCGGCUGUGUAGAAUAGACUUUUAUAAGAUAUUAACGAAAUCACUUUAUUAAGGUCAGGUAUUGACGAUAAGCAAUAAAACAUCACAGGUAUAAUAAAUAUAGUUGAUAUAAGAUUUAUGUGCGUAUUUUAUAAAGAUUUAUUUUUAUAAGCGCGCUUGAUGGCUCAUCAAACGUGGAAAUGGUACAAACGAAGGAAUGAAAACGAAUGGAACGUACGAUUGAACGAAGGAUGACCGACUGAACGGUAUAGAUAUAUGUAUUUAAUGAUGCGUGACUGAUGCUGCUGAUGAAUGUAAUGUUCAGAUAUUUUCUCCCAUUUUCAUAGAAUCGUUUAUUUAUGUCUUUUGAUAUAAUAUUAUUUGUCCGUAACUGCGUCGCUAAAUUAUGUAGAAUUUAUUUUUCGAGUGCUAAUAUGUGUGAAAUUUCCAAAGCUUAUUAUUUAUAGAUUUAUUUAUUUUCAAUACUAGCAAUAUUUUUUGAUAUUAAGUAAAACUGUUUGAUAACAAAUACUACGCUGAAAACUUGCAAAAGUGAUUGUAACAGAUAAUUAAUUGGAUAAUAUUGUUAAAGUUAAAAUGAAUAAAAUGUUAUUUAAAAUAAACACGACUGUCAUCCAAGAUUGUGUAAACAGAAAUAAAAGAGAAUGUUCAAAUUC